CAGAGGUGGCGCCGGCGGGAGCCGGCUCUGAGGCUCCGGCCCCGCCGGUGUGCGUGCUGGUGCUGGGCAUGGCGGGCUCUGGGAAAACCACCCUGGUGCAGAGGCUCACUGCCCAUUUGCACAGCCAGAAUUCCCCGCCCUACGUCAUCAACCUGGACCCUGCUGUGCACGAGCUUCCUUUUCCCGCCAACAUCGAUAUCAGAGACACAGUGAAGUACAAAGAAGUCAUGAAACAAUAUGGUCUGGGCCCAAAUGGUGGAAUAGUGACUUCUCUCAAUCUCUUUGCCACAAGAUUUGAUCAGGUGAUGAAGUUUAUUGAAAAGCGACAGAACACAUCUCAAUAUGUUCUUAUUGAUACACCAGGACAGAUUGAGGUGUUCACCUGGUCAGCCUCAGGCACUAUCAUCACUGAGGCACUGGCUUCCACUUUUCCUUCAGUUGUCGUUUAUGUGAUGGACACAUCUCGCAGCACCAGCCCUAUCACCUUUAUGUCUAACAUGUUGUAUGCUUGCAGUAUCCUGUACAAAACAAAACUACCUUUUAUUUUGGCCAUGAACAAGACAGAUAUCAUUGAUCACAGUUUUGCAGUAGAAUGGAUGCAGGAUUUUGAGAUCUUUCAAGAUGCCUUGAAUCAAGAGACAACAUAUGUUAGUAACCUGACUCGUUCCAUGAGCCUGGUGUUGGAUGAGUUUUACAGCUCACUCAAGGUGGUUGGUGUUUCUGCUGUGCUGGGUACAGGACUGGAUGAAUUUUUUGUGAAAGUCUCUGAAGCUGUAGAUGAAUAUGAGAGGGAGUAUCGUCCAGAAUAUGAGCGUCUGAGAAAAUCAUUGGCGAAAGCCCAGAGCAAGCAGCAGAAAGAGCAGCUGGAACGUUUGCAGAAAGACAUGGGCUCUGUGGCUAUGGAGAGCAACCCACUUGCAGAUUCUUCUGACACUUCUGCAUUGGGUCCCUCUGACUUGAUCAUGACACGAGGAACUUUGGAUGAGGAAGAUGAAGAGAGAGAGAGUGAUACUGAUGAUAUUGACCAUCAAGUCACUGAGGAAAGCCACGAAGAACCAGCCUUCAGAAACUUCAUGCAGGAGACAAGGAUGAAGUACCAGAAUAGAAGUAGCCACUAAGAGACUUUCAGAAGCAAAGCGCUGCAAACCCUUCCACUGGCGAGAACAGCAAGAGCAAACUGUUCACCACCUUCUGUGCUGUGAAGACACCAGUGCAGCCUUGUAUGCAAUCUAACUUCCGUGAAGCACUUUCUCUGAUACUUAAAUAUCUAUACUUGCAAAAUCAGUUAGUUACUGUGAGCUGGAGUUCUGACUUCAGGUGUUUAACCUUUUGCCAUUGUGACUUUUAAAACAAAAUAAGGAUUGCACUUUUCCCUUUUCUCCAAAUAGUUUUGCUCCGCCUUGCUGGGAACUUGAAUUCCUGGUGUGUCAGCAUUAUUGUCUGGAGUUUUGGUCCACCCCUGGGAGUUCAACACCAUCCCCACAUUCAAAGCUCAUGGUUUCUCUUGGGUGCAGGGGAUGGGUGAGACCUCUGCUGGAAAGCUCUUCUGAGAAUUGUCUCCAUUUAGUUAUGGUGGUGGCUCAAAUUCAGAGGGUUGGGGCAAUAGUCUUGUGUGAUAACAGCCAGAGCCUCAAUUUUAAAUGUAUUUCCUAUUAAAUUCUGCAGCUAAAAUUUGAUCAGAGGCUAGAAAGGUCUUUUCAAGAACUUGUUUCUAAAUGGAGUUUUCUCUGAGUUACUGAAACAGGGUAACUGAAAUGUCACUGCAAUCCCAUGUUUGACAUUUUAUUUUGUUCUGUAAUUUAUUAUAAAGUAUUUUUUGCUAUUGACAAAUGGCUUAGUGGUGAUUGGGAAUGACAGAGUUGGACUCUUUCUUGCUAUGGGAGGUUCAUUGAAUUAGCUUGCUCUGCAUGCUUGCAGCACACCCAGAGGCACAACACUGGGAGUGAGCUGCGUGCCUGAAGCCAUAGUAUCUUGAGCUGUGAAGCUAAACAGCAUUUCAUCUGGUGACCAGAGACACUGAAAACGCAGAUGCUACAGGAAGCGUUGUUAGUGAUUCAGUAGCUGGUGCUCCUUCCCUCUGAGUCAGAAAUGAACUAAUACCCUGCAUAGUGGUGUGGGCACUGUGCUGCCCACCUACAAUUGCUCAUCAGUUUCAUUCUUAUUCCAAAUAGUUCUAAAACUUUUUGACCCCCAAGACAAGCAAAAUGAAGGGUGCUAUCCAAGUCGGGAAGAGGGAAAUCUUCCCAUUACCUACAGUUACACUUAUUUUCUAUAUACAUUAUCCUUCAUCAGGAGGUUUUUUUGUAGAUUUUAAAGCCAGAAAGGAUCAUUAAUAUCAUGUAAUCCAACCACCUACAUGCACCGGCCAUUAAAUCGCACUCGGUAAUUACUACAUCAGUCCCAUAAUUUCUUUUUUGAGCUAUAUCAUAUAUUUUAGAAAGAUAUCCAGUCUUGAUUUUAAACUUCAAGUGAGAGAAUCCACUGUGUUUCUAGGUACAUU